AUGAAAACACUUUUUAUCAUUCUAUCAUUGCUUUUAGAUGAUGGUGUUUAUUCCAAUUCCAUAGGACAAGUUCGAGAAUUUUUGUGUAUUGAUGGAACGAAAAUUGAUUUAAUGAGAGUCUGUGAUGGAAUCGUGGAUUGUCCAGAUUCUUCAGAUGAAACAAGGAAAUUAUGUCAUCACGUUGUAUGUCCUUUGUCUUCAUAUAGAUGUGAUUACGGUGCUUGUAUAGAAAAAUCACUUCGCUGCAAUGGUUUUCAAGACUGCAUCGAUGAAAGCGAUGAAUUUCAUUGUGAUAUCAAAGAACCGUGCUCAAAUCACGGGUAUCGCUGUUUUCAUUCACUUGAGUGUAUUUCUCUGUCAAAAACUUGUGAUGGUUAUCUCGAUUGUGCUGAUGGUAGUGAUGAAAGCACUGGAAUUUGUGCAAGUUUUCCAUGUCCAGGUUCCACAUUUCAGUGUAAUUAUGGUGGUUGUAUUCAUUUAGAAACAAUUUGCGAUGGUACGUAUGAUUGUAUUGAUGCGAGUGAUGAAGAUAUUUCAAUGUGUACUGCAAUAAAUUGUGGUGAUAAAUGUUUUGCUUACAAAUGCAAGGAACAUGAAUUUACUUGUAAAAGCGAAGGUCAGUGUGUAGAUUCAUCACGAGUUUGUGAUGGAAUUAUUCAAUGUCGAGAUGCCUCGGAUGAAGAUAUUGAAACCUGUUCAUUGAGACAAUGUGCUGAUGGAUUUUUUCGAUGCAAAUAUGGUGCUUGUAUACCAGAAAAAUUAAAAUGUAACUCUGAGCGAAAUUGUCAUGAUUGGAGUGAUGAAGAUGAGUCGAUUUGUGGAAUUGCAUUGCCAAAUGGAGCUUGCCGUUUACCAUCAGUAAAACCAGGAACACAUUAUUCCGUCUUUCAAUGUCCACAUUGUCAACCUGGCGAUGUUGUUCCAGAACUAACACGUUUAGAUUUUUUUUGUGAUAGUAAAGUGGAUAAUUUUUUGGAAGGCUUGUCAAACGUUUUUUGUCAGAAUAAUCAAUGGUUGCCAUAUGUUACAAGCUGCUAUACUGAUUCUGAAAUUAUUACUUGUGUUCCUCUGAACUCGCGUGGUGCUCGACAACGUUGUGAAGUACUUUGGGGACCACAUCAAGGCUGGAUUAAUUGCAAUGGAUCAAUACCUGUUGGUACUCAUGUGACACUAGAAUGUCCAGAAUUUUAUGAACGUGAGUCUGGUUCUUAUCACAGUACUUGUCUUCAUGAUGGGACUUGGAGUCAAUUUCCAUUACAAUGUCAACCAAUUUGUGGUCUUCGUGAAACUUCAGCUUUGCCUCUCAUUGUAAAAGGCUGGGAAAUAUCACCAGAAGAGCCACUACCCUGGCAUGCAACGUUAUUCUCUCAUGAUGAUGGUCAAUGGAUUUUUUUUUGUGGUGGAACUUUGAUUAGUGAGCGCAUUGUGUUAACAGCUGGUCACUGUGUCUGGAAAACAGAUCCAAAAACAAUUCGUGUGAUUCUUGGUGGUUUUUCGAGUAACUUUAGUCUUGACAAAGAAGAUAAGGAGACACAAGUUUUUGACAUUUUUAAUAUCAAGCUACACAGAUCUUAUCAUGAUCACGAGGGGAAUUAUGGGUCAGAUCUUGCUGCAUUGAUUCUCAAUGGAUCUGCUAUCAUGUCUUCCAGAGUAAAACCUGUUUGUCUUAAUUGGUCAGCUGACUUAAAUGUUUCUCUACGAGAAAAUGGUGAAAUCGGUCUCGUUGCGGGAAUGGGGAUUACUGAAAAUGAUACAUUUAGUAAACACCUUAGAGUGACAACUGUGAAAUUGAUUGACGAAAAUGAGUGUCGCGAGAGUCAAAAAAGAGAUUUUCGUAGAUAUUUAACAUACACAACUUUUUGUGCUGGAUGGAAUAACGGAACUGCUGUUUGUAAUGGUGAUAGUGGUGGUGGAUUGGCUCUUCGGAGACCAAAUACAACAAUUUGGGAUCUCCAUGGAGUUGUUUCCAUUAGUCCUCGAAGAAUUGGAACUAGUAUUUGUGAUCCACAAUACUAUACAGUUUUUACAAAGAUAUUGAUUUACAGUGAUUGGAUCGAUAAUAUUUUGAAAGAAAUUCCAGUUGUUGGACCACCUGAUUUGCAACAAAUCCCUAAUCGAGAUGCUAUUGUAUAAAGCAUGAGGAAUUCUUAAGUUACAUUUUAUAUUUUCAAAAUAGCAUAUUUUGUAAAAUUCUGUGAUAGACGAGGGGUUAUAUAUAAGGCGAGAUAGAGUGACACCAUUACUUUAAAAAGUAGUCGACUACACGAUCGUCGACUGUCUACACUUUACACUGACUAUGACCUCGACUACAAUCAAUAGUAGUCAACUUCAAACAAGAAAAAGAUCUGGUAACGUUUGUUGGGGCGUGUGGCCCGCGUUACCGUUGAAAAUUAAAAAUUUUCAAUACUCCGGCUAGGGCCGUGUUAAAUUUUAUCUUUUAAAUGGUUUUUAAAAGUAACAAUACAAUAAUAGUACAUUUUUUUUUAUUUUUCUGAAAAUCGAUUUUUUUUUUUUUUCGUUCAAGUUAAGGCAAGCUAUAACUUCUGUUAGAAUCAACGGAAUGACUUCAUAUUAGGCUCAAAAAACGUGGUUUUUAAAACUCUAUCGCCCCUCAAGAAGUUUAUCCUGAUUCCAAUAGUCAAUUUUUUUCUAUUUUUGAAACAAAAGAGACAAAAAUAUUUCAAAAAUUCUAUUUUUUACUAUUUUAUGAAAACUAUAAUUUUUUUUGAAAAAAGUUUCGACUAGAAGUUGUAGGAUUUUACCACACAAGCUUUUUAAGUCUUAUACAAAGUAUCUAGGACGAUUUUCUCGAAAGUUAGAGCGUUUUUCAAAAAUUACUCGAAAACUAGGAAAGCAAUAAGUUUUGAUAAAAUUAUAGUAAAGACUUCGUAUUAGGCUCAAACAACGCGUCUUUCGAAACUCCAUCGCCCCUCAUGAGAAAGAGCAUUAUCUGUUCAGUCACUUUUUUUUUUUUUUCUAAAAACUAAAUGGUUUUUUUUUAAUUUUUAUGAAAAAUGUGAUCCAUAGAUCAAAAUUUUUCCAAAGAGGCGAUAGAAUUUUCGAAUACGCAUGUUUUAAGCCUAAUAUGAAGUCUCUAACACCAUUUCAUCACGAGUUAUUGUUUGCCUAAAAAAUAAAAACGGCACAAGCUAUAACUCAAAAUGGAGUAGUCGCAGAGGUUUCAUAUUAGGCUUAAAUUAAUCGUUUUUCAAAAUUCUAUAACUUUUUCACAUGAAUUUCUAUCGUACGAAUAGUAUUUUUCGUGCAAAAAAAAAAAAAAAAAAACACAAUUUUUUUUUUUUUCGUUUUUUGGGAAAAAAAAAAAUGGCCGAAUAGAUAUCGCUUUCCUCUAUCAAGGGCGAUAGAAUUUCUAGAGCCGCUUCUUUUGAGCCAAAUCCGAAGUCUUUACGACGAUUAGUUUAGAAGUUAUGAACGUUUUUUUUUUUUUUGGGGAUAAAUCCAAUACUGCGGCCG